ACCCGGACCGAGCGGAACCCGGGGUCCGAACUCGCGAACCGAGAGGGGCAGAUUAGUCAUCCCUGAGAGGCAGGGGUGAGGGGAUCGAAAAGGGUAGGAUGUAGGCGGGAGAGCUCUCGACUCCAGGAGCGAGGGAAGAGAAACUUUUGGGGUGUGCGGUCACUGAGCCAAAAGUCGGGGGAAUUGUUGAAUAAACCCAAAAAGAGGCAGUGAAGUCGAGGUUCUUGUCUGGGAGUGAAAGUAUUAGGGAGCAAGAAAGGAAAAAAGAAAGGGGAGGCAUGGGCAGUAUUGGGGCAGAUUUAAUCCUGGAAGGCCAGUGACAGCAGAGUAGAAAGUAUUCUCCUUGGAAUGAAUUUUCACCUCUUCUUACUCGUCUGGUCCACGGCUGUUUUUGAGUCUUUCUUUUUUUGCGUGGCAUACUGGUAUUGAGGCACAGUGCAGCGGAAUUGAUAUGCUCCAACGUGGGCUGAACUCAGCAGCCCAGUGGGGUGACUGAUGGCAACUGAAAGGGCUCGGUGCAAAUUGAGGUUUGAUUUCCUCUGCAUGCCUGUCUUCCACCCGCGUUUCAAGAGGGAGUUCACUCAGGAACCUGCUAAGAAUCGGCCUGGUCCCCAGACACGAUCUGACCUACUGCUAUCAGGAAGGGACUGGAAUACACUAAUUGUCGGAAAGCUUUCUCCAUGGAUUCAUCCAGACUCAAAAGUGGAGAAGAUCCGCAGGAACUCAGAGGCGGCUAUGUUACAGGAGCUGAAUUUUGGGGCAUAUCUGGGUCUUCCAGCUUUCCUGCUGCCCCUCAAUCAGGAGGAUAACACUAACCUGGCCAGAGUUUUGACCAACCACAUCCACACUGGCCACCACUCUUCUAUGUUCUGGAUGCGGGUCCCAUUGGUGGCACCAGAGGACCUGCGGGAUGAUAUCAUCGAGAAUGCACCAACCACACACACAGAGGAGUAUAGUGGGGAGGAGAAGACAUGGAUGUGGUGGCACAACUUUCGGACUUUGUGUGACUACAGCAAGAGGAUUGCAGUGGCUCUUGAAAUUGGGGCUGACCUCCCAUCUAAUCACGUCAUUGAUCGUUGGCUUGGAGAGCCCAUCAAAGCAGCCAUUCUCCCCACAAGCAUUUUCCUGACCAAUAAGAAGGGAUUUCCUGUUCUUUCAAAGAUGCAUCAGAGGCUUAUCUUCCGGCUUCUCAAGCUGGAGGUGCAGUUCAUCAUCACAGGUACCAACCACCACUCAGAGAAGGAGUUUUGCUCCUACCUUCAGUACCUGGAAUACUUGAGCCAGAACCGCCCUCCACCCAAUGCUUACGAACUCUUUGCCAAGGGCUAUGAAGACUAUCUGCAGUCCCCGCUCCAGCCACUUAUGGACAAUCUGGAAUCUCAGACAUACGAAGUAUUUGAAAAGGACCCCAUCAAAUACUCUCAGUACCAGCAGGCUAUCUAUAAAUGUCUGCUGGACCGAGUGCCAGAAGAAGAGAAGGAUACCAGUGUCCAGGUGCUGAUGGUACUGGGAGCAGGCCGGGGUCCCCUGGUGAAUGCCUCCCUGCGGGCAGCCAAGCAGGCUGACCGGAGGAUAAAGCUGUACGCUGUGGAGAAAAACCCAAAUGCUGUGGUGACGCUAGAGAACUGGCAGUUUGAAGAAUGGGGAAGCCAGGUGACAGUAGUCUCUUCGGACAUGCGGGAAUGGGUGGCUCCGGAGAAAGCAGACAUCAUUGUCAGUGAGCUUUUGGGUUCCUUCGCUGACAAUGAACUGUCACCUGAGUGCCUGGAUGGAGCCCAGCACUUCCUAAAAGAUGAUGGCGUGAGCAUCCCUGGGGAGUACACCUCUUUCCUGGCUCCCAUCUCCUCCUCCAAGCUGUACAACGAGGUCCGAGCCUGUCGGGAAAAGGACCGUGACCCUGAGGCCCAGUUUGAGAUGCCUUAUGUGGUACGGCUGCACAACUUCCACCAGCUUUCUGCACCCCAGCCCUGUUUUACCUUCAGCCACCCUAACAGAGAUCCUAUGAUGGACAACAACCGCUAUUGUACCUUGAACUUUCCUGUGGAAGUGAACACAGUGCUGCAUGGCUUUGCCGGCUACUUUGAGACUGUGCUUUAUCAGGACAUAACUCUGAGUAUCCGUCCAGAGACUCACUCUCCUGGGAUGUUCUCAUGGUUUCCUAUUCUUUUCCCCAUUAAGCAGCCCAUUACAGUACGCGAAGGCCAGACUAUCUGUGUGCGUUUCUGGCGAUGCAGCAAUUCCAAGAAGGUGUGGUAUGAGUGGGCUGUGACAGCACCAGUCUGUUCUGCCAUUCACAACCCCACAGGCCGCUCGUACACCAUUGGCCUCUAGCCCUGGCCACAGAUGUCCACAGUCUUGGAAGCAGCUUCCGGCUCUGCUCCUGUAGCACAGAAGGUGCUAUACAUCAUUGGGCUGUGAGUCCCCUUGCCCAUCAAAGAGGAGUAUUGCAGUCUGCUUUCCUGCCUUACAUCAAAGUGGCCAAAGGAUGAGAGUUAAUUGCAGGGCUCAAGCUACCAAUCUGUGAAGACAUCAGGCCAGGGCUUGAAGAAUUAGUGCUGGGUCUGAAGCCACACCAACCAGGCACUCAGCCUCAAGAACUCCCUGGAAUAAUCCUGAGAACAUUUGGAUUGAACACAUUUUCAGCCCUUUCCCUACCCAUCUCUGUUCCUAUUUUGAUGGUUUUGUGUAGGAGGAAAUACAAAUAAAGUUAUGGCCUUUCCUGCUCCAACCCCACUGCCCCCUGACUGCUUUUUUAUACCUCACUUAGACCCACCCAUUUAUAUCUGUGCCCUUAUGUUGUCUGAGACCCAAAGGGGCCUAGCUUUAUUCCACGUUUAAGAAGCUGAGUGAUGACUCUUGGAUUCCUGGGUAUAGGCCUUCCUGACCAGCUACAAUGAGGUCUUGUCUGUUAGGACCCUUGCUCAGGCUUCUCUGUAGGGAGGAGGCAUAGAGUUUGCAGCCUUGGUGGAAAACGGGGUAGCGAGGGAAGCCAGCUUUCCUGAGCUUCUGCACUGCCAGUUCUUUUGUUACCUUUUGGGAGGAACUGGAAGUCAUCUAGCCAUCUUGAGCGAGAAGCCACCUAUUUGAAUAAAAUCAGGGUUAGAGUUUGAAGUCCUAAGAGAUUAUUUAGUCCAACUGCAUUUUACAGAGGAGGAAGUUAAAAUCCGUACAGUGCAUAAUGUUAGUAUUCCAGGUCAGGACUGCAACAGAAGCCCUCUGACUCUGGCUCACUCCAUGUUACAACCAGCUAUGUUUUGGGCAGUUGUGUUAGGCAGCUGAAGUCUCUAGGGGCUCUGGAAGCUCUUGGAAUGUUGGGGUUGGCAUCAGUUCCUUCUCUCUCUGGUUGGAGGGCUGAUUUGCUGCAAAAAGGAGAUACCUGAGAAACUGUCUAAAAUUUGCUCUUGCAGUGGGAAGUGUGGGGGCACUGACGAACUGAAGGUAUGUGACCUGUGGGACCAGGCGGUGGCGUUAAGGCUGACUGGAAGAAGACAAAUCUGUAGCAAGACCUGCACGUCCCAGGCAUUGAAGGUGGCAGGAAAUGUGGGAAGGUAGACAGCCCGCAAAGGAUGGGAAUGUGGAGUCUAGCAUCCUCCCCGUGGUGAAACAAACGCAGUUAACUCCACAAAGUUGUCCUAGGAAGACCGACUUAACCCCCUCGGCAAAUUUGUAGGUUGGACCAAGGGCAUCUGUUGUACCUUCUUGGCAUGGUCAACCCCAGCGCUUGGAAGGGGGUGGGUCCUGUUCGCUAUCCUUGGCCCGCCUUCCGCGUGUCAUUUAACCAAUGGGAGAGUGGUGGGCGGUUACAAAUGACGCUGAGUCUCUAGAAGAUCAGCCAAUCAAUGGGAACUUGAUGAUUGCUAAGACACAUUUGAGGAUGGCUCCACCCAAGCUUAGGGUUUUAACCAAUGAAAACCUGUACUCUAGACUGUUGCCACGAGACCAGCGGGUUUGGUUCCACCGCCGCGUAAGUGAUUCGGCGCAUGCGCAGAUUGGGAAAGUUGCAGUCAGGCCGAGGAUCUGCCGCCAUUUUGCGGGAAGAAGAACUGCUGCGGCUGCAGUGCUACGUUUAUUGCUGAGACUCUGAGAAAUAAACGGACUUGGCUCCCCUUACACUCCCAAAGGAACGGAGAGAACCGGGACCCCCCUGCGGGGACCCGGAACUGG